AUGGCCAUUGCUCGCCCCGUAAGGGUCCUGGGCUUUGCGGCCGUGGUGAUGUGGUUCUUCUUCAUCUGGCAGGUCCUGAAGCCGACAUCACCACCAAAACACAAGGUCAAAGAGAUCAUCAAGUCAUUCGAACGAGAUCCAAACCUAGACCCAACGGGAGAGCCAGAAGGCAUUUUAGUUCACGCAUCCGAGGAAUAUGCACCCGGCCCCGCGGGCACCGCCCGAAUCAAUGCCACCCUACUUGCCCUCGUACGAAAUGAGGAGCUCAACGACAUGCUCUCCUCCAUGCGCGACCUCGAAAGAACAUGGAACCACAAGUUCAACUACCCCUGGACCUUCUUCAACGAUGUCCCUUUCACCGAAGAAUUCAAGAAGAAGACGCAAGCUCUUACCAAAGCAGAAUGCCGCUACGAACUCAUCCCGAAGGAACACUGGGCUGUCCCCGAAUGGAUCAACAUGGACCUCUACAAGGAAUCCACCCAGAUUCUCAAGGACAAGAAGGUCCAAUACGCCGACAUGAUUUCCUACCACCAAAUGUGCCGCUGGAACAGUGGCCUCUUCUAUCACCACCCUGCUUUGGCCAAUACGCAGUACUACUGGCGCGUGGAGCCCAAGGUUCACUUCUUCUGUGAUGUCGACUAUGACGUCUUCCGCUACAUGCAGGACAACAACAAGACCUACGGCUUCACCAUCAAUCUCUAUGAUUCUCCCGACUCGAUCCCUACUCUGUGGCCCGAGACCCUGAAAUUCAUUGCCGAGCACCCCGAGUAUGUUCACGAGAACAACGCCAUGGACUGGCUGACGGAUAAGGUCCGCCGGCCAGACCAUAACAAGAAGGCUAAUGGAUACUCGACUUGCCACUUCUGGUCGAACUUUGAGAUUGCCGACAUGAGCUUCUGGAGGAGCAAGGCGUAUGAGGAUUACUUCAACCACCUGGACCGGACUGGGAAUUUCUUCUACGAGAGAUGGGGUGAUGCGCCGGUGCAUAGCAUUGGACUGGGAUUGUUUGAGGAUAAGAGCAGGAUCCACUGGUUCCGCGAUAUCGGAUACCAACAUAUCCCCUUCUUCAACUGCCCCAACUCGCCCAAGUGCAAGGGCUGUGUGACGGGUCGCUUCACGGACGGAGAGUCGUUCUUGUAUAGAGAGGACUGCCGACCAAACUGGUUCAAGUUUGUCAGUCAAGGGUAA